UGUAAAGAGAGAUAGAAGAUAAACCUGGAAGAUGUAUAAAGCAGGAACAAGGUUUAUCUGGCUGUUCACACUUCUUUGGGGGACUGGUAACUUUUUCACUGUGAAGAGAGGUGGUUCGGCCGGCUAUGUGAACGUCACAGCAUAUAGUCAAUUGCCUAAAGAGUGUAAUGUGGAUGGCUUUAAAAAUUGGUUCAAUGUGGACAAGUUCUGCGUCCAAUACUUCAGUAACCCUCUAAACUUCUCUCAGGCAGAGUUCAGCUGUAGAGCUAAAGCCCCUGGUGGACACCUAGUGUCAGUGCAUAAUAGAAAUUCUAAUUAUGAUUUGCUCGCCAUUGUGAUGAAGUUUAACCCAAAGAACCUGCGCAUCUGGCUUGGAGGAUAUGAAUUUUUCAAGUCUGGUAAAUUUCUUUGGAUUGAUGGUACUUUCUGGGACUAUCAAAUUUGGACACCUGGGGAGCCCAGCAGCCUUUUCACUAGCCAGGAAGAAUGUGUGGAGAUGAACUGGAACCAUGUUGGCAAGUGGAAUGAUGACUCUUGUUCAGUCAAAAAAAACUACAUAUGCGCCUUCAAACGAAAGGGUCUCAUGGAUGAGUAGACUGAGACCUGAGAUAAUUUUUCACAGCAU